AUGCUCCACUGUGGAGAGAUAAAUAUGAUGAGAGCAAUGGAACUAUUCGGAGAAAUGGACGAGCAGGUAUCGUCGAUGGCGAUGGACGUAGACGAUGUAGACUCUCUCGAGAUCUUUGCUGAGGGCGUCAUAGCAGCUGACCACAAACUCGCAGACGCCGAUUUCUUCAACAACUUCCAAGACGAUUUCGAUGAUGCUGAUAUCAACUGA